AUGUGGCUGCGGGACUCGAAAGUUGACGGCCAGUCGACGACCUCGUCCACGAGCACCUCGGCCACGAGCACUUCGUUCUCUGCGGCACCUCGGCUGCUCUUCUACAGCAAAGUCUCAAACGUCGACCGCAACGAGCACCUCGACGGCCUCCACGUCAACCAGUACCUCUACGGUUUGGAUGUUUCGAGUGCGAGAGUGGAAUGGGUGGACCAGUGUGGAUAUGCGGGGUUCUCCUGCAUGAUGACCCAGAUGCAGACUUUUCUUGCCGCAGCUUUCCCUUUGCCCGUAUCGUCAUCCACGACGGCUACCCGCACGACGACCACGACAACGCGAGUUUGCAGCAGCAGCACUUGUCCAGAUGCAUUCUUGCUGAAGCCAAAUGCAGGCUUGAUUCCAGGCCACAGCCAAGCUGAUUGUUGCGAUGUCACGUGCAGUAUCUACGAAUGUCCUGAGGGCCAUUUGCUGACACAGGCAGCAAGCUCCACUCGUGGUAACAGCACCAGUGAAUGCUGUGAUGCGACUUGCAGCAUUUAUCAAUGUCCCGAUGAUUAUGUGCAAGUGCUUGAGCCGGGCUCCCUACGUGCGAACAGCAGCAGUGAUUGCUGCGAUGUAACUUGCAACACCUAUGAUUGCCCAGAGGGCCACCUGCUCAAAUUGUCUGCAAACGUCACUCGUGGCAACAGCAGCGAUAUAUGCUGUGAUGCGACGUGCAGCAUCUAUCUUUGCCCUGAUGGGUAUGUGCCAAUACUGGAUGCAAGCUCCGUCCGUGCCAGCAGUCGCACUGAAUGUUGCGAAAUCACUUGCAGCCUUUAUGAGUGCCCGCAGGGCUUUUUAGCAAAGCCAGAUCCUCUAUCCAUUCGUGGCAGUGGCCAGGCUGUUUGUUGCGAGGCAUCGUGCAGCGCGUAUCCAUGUCCAGAUGGGUACGAGCAAAAGUCCGGUGCGGGCAACGACAUGUCGCAGUGCUGCGUAAAAAGAUCCGCGUACACUCCUCCAUGCAAGUGCCGCAGUGCAAGCCAAGAUCCGGUCUGUGAGACUGGUGCAGGUGCAGCCUGCAACACACCUGCGAACAGUGAAGAACUGUGGGCAUGCUACGAUGCAAGAACCAUGUGUCAACCCCAAGUGGCUUGUAGCCCCCACGAGUCGCGUGAUGCGGAGACGUGUGGACAAAUCAUCGAAGAGGCUGCGUGCAACACCAAUCUCCUUUGUGAGUACAAGCCGGUCACUGUUGAACAUGCUUGGAGCUGCGUCUCCAUCCCUGGACGUGAGGCAUUUCAGUCGGCCUGCCAGGAGCUUGCAAGACCAGCCUGCCUAGCGCAAGCAGAAGUUUGUGCCUGGACCAUCCAGGAGGUGCGCUCUCCUUGCAUGAACAACGGCACAUGGCUUGGCUGCGAGCCUCUUUUUGAAGAGGCCAGGGCCACCUGCGAAGCUCGCGCCAACGAGGCCGAGUGCUUGGUGCUCUCGGAUCUCUGCGCGUGGAAAGGCCACUGCCGCUGCACUCCAGAUUACGUCGGGGACACCUGCAACCAGUCGGUCGUGGAAUUCCGCAGCCACGGCGGAGCCUGUGCCCUUGCGAACUCCAACCCGGACUUUUGCAAAGGAAUCGUCUAUGCCUCUUCUUCGUCGGACGCUUGGCGCUGCGCCCAAGGCGGAGGCUGCGACCGAUGGAGGUCCAUCAAGGCAGCCAUGGCAUCACUUUGGGAGUUUGAGGUUGGAGACAUUCUUGUGGACGCGCUGGGGAUCCUGCUCAACAUCUUCUUCUGGUGCAUCGUUUGUAGAGCAAGAGGGGGCCCCAUGGAGAGAUUGAAGAGCAUCUUCGAAAACCAGUCCAUCAUCGCUGCCCUCGCUAACUUUUUCGUGGACUUCUGCCUCCAAAUCGCCAUCAUCUCCGCCGUAGGAGAUGCCGAAGAUGCCAUUGACGAGCUCAAAGGUGCGGGGUGCCUCAACCCGGCUUCCGGAGAUGGGUACUCAGCACUGAUCCUUUUGCAGGACAUGGUGGGCUCCAUCACAGGCCUUGCAGUCGUGAACGUGAUCGCGGCGGUGAUCGGGGGCAUAUCUGCGGUUGUGGCAGCGUGCCUCGAGGAUGCCGAGGAGACAGGACAAAAGAGAGCUUGUCUGCGAGAAUGGCUAGCAGCGGCGGGAAGAUGCCUUGGAACACGGUGUUUGGAGAGUAAGGCGGCGCACAAAUGCAUGCACACCUGGCUAAGUAAAAAGGCCGGAAGUUGCGGUUGUGGUUUGUUGAAGGCAAAGGAAAGUGAAAGCAAGGGUGACAAGCCGGACGAUACUGUUCACGAUGAUGGGAAGAAAGAAGAGAGGGAGUUUGACAGUUUGAAGCUCGCACUCUUCGUGACUCAAUGUAUGUGCAGCGCUGUGGAGCUGUUCUUAUCGCUGGUGAGCUUCUUCACGAACACCAGGCCCCUUGUACCCAUGCUCGAGAGCAUCGAGGCCGCAGCUUUGCGCUUGGAUUCUGCGCAGCAAGAGGACAUGUGCUUCUCAAGGUACGAGGGCCUGCCUGCGACUUCACAAGUUGGAGUUGGCUGGCAUGCGGUGUGGCCGAUGUUCGCGUGCCUGGCGGUCGUCGUCAUCUAUUUGCUGUACUACUGCUCUCCCGAGUGUGCACAAGUGAGCCCGGCUUGCUUGUAUUGCUUUUCCAAAGUCCGAUGUGCUUUCAAGAAGGAACCGAGCCCUGAUGGUUCACAAACGUUGGACAUUCUCCCAAGGCCUCCCUCCGUCAGGCCGGUUGAGCCAAAGGAUCCUCCUGCUACUACUUUUUUGGGAUCUGGAGGACUUGAGCCAGGUGCAGCAGAUGAUGCUAGUGAGUGA